AUGCCGCAUCGGGCGCGGGGGGCGCCGCUAUGGAGCGCAGGGAUGGAGGCAACGCUCCGCAUCCACACCUGGCUCUGGCUGAGCGCUGCCUGCCUGCCCCUCGCCUGCCCGCACAGCCCUGCCCGCGGCGGGCAGCGCCCUGACGGCCACCGCCAGCACCACCAGCAGCAGCAGCAGUACCACCUGAGCUGGGCGGUCAGCCUGGAGGCGCCCGACGAGGAGCUGGAGCAGCGAGCGGAGGAGCUGGCUCGGGCCGCGGGGCUGCGGAACAUGGGCCGCGUCGGGGAGCUCCGCGGCCACUACCUCUUCAGCUACCGGCCCGAGGGCAGAGCGGGCAGCGAGCCCGAGGCCGUGCGGCGCUCGGUGGACUCUGUGUUUGCACAGCACGACAGCGUGCGGUGGCACUCGGAGCAGAAGCUGCUGAAGCGUUCCAAGCGCAGCCUGCACUUUAACGACCCCAAAUACCCCCAGCAGUGGCAUCUGAACAACCGCAAGAGCCCCGGCAAGGACAUCAACGUCACCGGCGUGUGGGAGCAGAAUGUGACGGGGCGUGGCGUGACUGUGGUGGUGGUGGACGAUGGCGUGGAGCACACCAUCAAAGACAUCCAGCCCAACUAUAGCCCAGAGGGCAGCUACGAUUUGAACUCCAACGAUCCUGACCCCAUGCCUCACCCCGACGAGGAAAACGGCAACCACCACGGGACGCGCUGUGCCGGGGAGAUCGCCGCCGUGCCCAACAACAGCUUCUGCACCGUGGGAGUGGCCUACGGCAGCCGCAUCGCCGGGAUCCGGGUGCUGGACGGGCCCCUCACGGACAGCAUGGAGGCUGUGGCCUUUAACAAGCACUAUCAGGUUAACGACAUCUACAGCUGCAGCUGGGGCCCAGAUGAUGAUGGGAAGACUGUGGAUGGCCCUCACCAACUGGGCAAGGCUGCCCUGCAGCACGGGGUGAUCGCAGGCCGCAGGGGCUUCGGCAGCAUCUUCGUGGUGGCCAGCGGCAACGGCGGGCAGCACAGUGACAACUGCAACUAUGAUGGCUAUGCCAACUCCAUCUACACUGUCACCAUAGGCGCAGUGGACGAGACAGGCUCUAUGCCCUUCUACGCCGAGGAGUGUGCCUCCAUGCUGGCUGUCACCUUCAGUGGUGGGGACAAGAUGAUGAGGAGCAUUGUGACAACAGACUGGGACCUGCAGAAGGGCACGGGCUGCACGGAGGGGCACACCGGGACGUCGGCCGCUGCCCCGCUGGCGGCUGGCAUGAUCGCCCUGAUGCUGCAGGUGCGGCCCUGCCUCACCUGGCGAGACGUGCAGCACAUCAUCGUCUUCACUGCCACCAAGUACGAGGACCGCCACGCCCGGUGGGACACCAACCAGGCAGGCUUCAGCCACAGCCACCAGCACGGCUUCGGCCUGCUGAACGCCUGGAGGCUGGUGAACGCUGCCAAGGUCUGGGAGUCUGUCCCCUACCUGGCCUCCUACAUGAGCCCCACGCUGAGGGAGGGUCGGAGCAUCCCCCUGCUGCCACAGGAGCUGGAGGUGGCCUGGAACGUCACUGCUGCUGACCUGGAGCUCUCUGGCAUGAGGACCCUGGAGCAUGUGGCAGUCACUGUCACCAUAACCCACCCCCGCCGUGGCAACCUGGAGGUCAGGCUGCUGUGCCCCAGUGGCCUGAUGUCCCUGAUAGGCACCACCAGGAGCAUGGACUCGGACCCCAAUGGCUUUGCCGAUUGGACCUUCUCCACAGUGCGGUGCUGGGGUGAGGAGGCUCAGGGCACCUACAGACUGGUUGUCAGGGACAUCGGAGAUGGCAGCCUGAGGCCUGGGACCUUGAAGCAGUGGCAGCUGACCCUGUAUGGCUCCUCCUGGACCCCAGCAGAGAUGAGGGAGCGGCAGAGGCUGCUGGAGGAGGCCAUGAGUGGGCGGUACCUGAGCAGUGACUUCUCCCUGCCCUGCCCUCCGGGGCUGGAGAUCCCCGAGGAGCAGCACUACACAAUCACAGCCAACACCCUCAAGACCCUCCUGCUGCUGGGCUGCUUCGCCGUGUUCUGGACUUUCUACUACAUGCUGGAGGUUUGCCUGACCAGGAACAACGUGGGGCUGGACCUGGCCUGCAGCAGCUCCACUGCCUGCAAGUGGUACCAGCAGGGAGGGAAGCACAGAGCCCUAGAGAGUGGCCUGGAGAUGGAGUCGGUGCCACUGUACCGGGAGAAGGAGGUGGAGGACGUGGAGCUGGAGUGUGAGCACCCUGAGCCUGCCCAGGAGGGCGAAAGGGAGGAGGGGUCCUGGACCCCCACCCACCCCAAACUUCCCGGCAGCAGCAGAGCUGGGAGCUUGCAGGAGGCAGCCCCUGCUGGGUACCUGGGGCGGGAGGCAAUGGCAGAGGACAGGGAGCACCAGGCCUGCUAG